UUGAAUCGCUUCCCGUAUAAAUCGUCCUCUGUUUUCUUUCAUCUUGUCAUUUCUUGCAAAACCUAAAACGACCGAAUCUGAAUCAGUUCUCUUUCUCUCUUAGUGCUCUUCGAUCGCUGUUGUUGAAAGUCGAUCAUUUUAGCUACACAAUGAUCGGACGUCAAGGAGUUCCUAAUCUCAACACAUAAGGAUCGAUUAGGUUCGGUUCAUCAUCAUGUUCGAAGCACACGUUUUGCAUUUGCUUCGAAGAUAUUUGGGUGAAUAUGUCCAUGGACUUUCAGCAGAGGCUUUAAGAAUCAGCGUCUGGAAAGGUGAUGUGGUUCUUAAAGACUUGAAGUUGAAGGCAGAGGCUCUAAAUUCACUAAAACUUCCUGUCACUGUCAAAGCUGGUUUUGUUGGUACCAUAACAUUAAAGGUUCCUUGGAAAAGUCUAGGGAAGGAACCUGUGAUUGUGCUCAUAGAUCGUGUUUUCAUUCUAGCGCAUCCGGUUCCUGAUGGAAGGUCUCUCAAGGAGGAGGACCGUGAAAAACUUCUUGAAGCCAAACUUCAACAGAUUGAGGAAGCAGAAUCAGCGACCCUUGAAGCAAUUUCGAGGUCAAAGCUGGGAAGUCCACCUGCUGGAAGUUCUUGGCUGGGUUCGCUGAUCGCUACAAUUAUAGGAAAUCUUAAGAUCUCAAUUAGCAAUGUUCAUGUCAGAUAUGAGGAUUCUGUCAGCAAUCCAGGACAUCCAUUUUCUUGCGGUAUUACUCUGGCAAAGCUUGCUGCUGUUACGAUGGAUGAGCAGGGGCAUGAAACAUUUGAUACCAGUGGUGCUCUUGAUAAAUUGCGGAAGUCAUUGCAACUUGAGAGGCUUGCUAUGUACCAUGAUUCAAACCGCCUUCCAUGGAGCUUGGAUAAGAAAUGGGAGGAUCUUAGUCCUAGGGAUUGGAUUGAGAUUUUUGAGGAUGGUAUCAGUGAACCCACCAAUGAUAAAGGAAUGGUGUCUAGAUGGGCUCAGGAUCGCAACUAUGUAGUCUCACCGAUCAAUGGUGUCCUUAAAUAUCACCGUUUGGGAAAACAGGAAAGAAAUAAUCCAGAGAUUCCGUUUGAGACGUCUUCUCUUACCCUUAGUGAUGUUUCUUUGACAAUUACAGAGGCUCAAUAUCAUGAUUGGAUAAGACUCAUUGAGGUAGUUUCAAGAUACAAGACAUAUGUGGAGGUUUCUCAUUUAAGACCUGUGCUGCCUGUUUCAGAGGCUCCACAUUUGUGGUGGCAAUAUGCUGCUCAAGGUGGCCUGCAGCAGAAGAAAGUCUGCUAUCGGUUCUCGUGGGAUCAAAUUCAGCAUAUGUGUCUGCUUCGCCGACGUUAUAUCCAAUUGUAUGCUUCUUUAUUACAACAAUUGUCAAAUGUUAACUCAGAAAUUAGAGACAUUGAGAAAGAUCUUGAUCCCAAAGUAAUUCUCUUAUGGAGGUUCCUUGCUCAUGCCAAGGUUGAAUCGGUAAAAUCGAAGGAAGCAGCCGAACAGAGGAUGCGUAGCAAAAGAAGCUGGUUUUCUUUUACAUGGCAUUCCUCUGAUGAUGCCUCUACUGGAGAUACUUCUGGGGGAUCACAGUCAGUGGAGGAGAGUUUGACUAAAGAAGAAUGGCAAGCAAUCAAUAAUUUACUAAGUUACCAGCCUGAUGAGGAGUUGGCAUUGCAGUCUGGAAAGGACAUGCAGAAUAUGAUACAGUAUAUGGUAAAUGUAUCAGUUGGUCAAGCAGCUGCCAGGAUCAUCAGUAUCAGCGAGACUGAGAUUGUUUGUGGUAGAUUUGAGAAACUCCUCGUGUCCACAAAGUUUAAACAUAGGAGCACCCACUGUGAUGUGACAUUGAGAUUUUAUGGAUUGUAUGCCCCUGAAGGUUCACUCGUCCAGAGUGUCUCGAGUGAACAGAAAGUAAAUGCAUUAUCCGCUAGUUUUGUACACUCCCCUGUUGGAGAGAAUGUGGACUGGAGGCUUUCAGCAACAAUUUCUCCAUGCCAUGUCACUGUUUUGAUGGAAAGUUAUGCUCGUUUUCUAGAAUUUAUGAAGAGGAGUAGUGCAAUUAGCCCUACCAUUGCAUUAGAAACUGCAACUGCUUUGCAGAAUAAGAUUGAAAAGGUGACUCGUAAAGCUCAAGAGCAAUUCCAAAUGGUUUUAGAAGAACAAAGCAGAUUUGCUCUUGACAUUGACCUUGAUGCUCCGAAAGUAAGAGUUCCUAUGAGAAUAUGUGCCUCUUCCAGAUGUGAUUGCCAUUUUCUUUUGGAUUUUGGUCAUUUUACAUUGCACACCAAGGAAUGUCAGCCUGGUGAUCAGGGGCAAUAUCUAUAUUCUCGUUUUUAUAUUUCCGGAAAAGAUAUUGCUGCUUUCUUUACAGACUGUGGUUCUGACAAUCGGAACUGCACUCUUGCAUCUCCAACUUAUGAGAGUCAACCUUCCAUAUCUCCCAUGUCGGGAUUUGGUGAUAACCUCUAUUCUCUCAUUGAUAGGUGUGGAAUGGCAGUAAUUAUUGAUCAGAUCAAAGUACCUCAUCCAAGUUACCCAUCCACGCGUGUUUCUGUUCAAGUGCCAAGCCUUAGCAUUCACAUGUCACCAGCCAGAUAUUGUAGACUUAUGGAGUUGUUGAACAUAUUUUAUGGUACGAUGGAAAAUAGUGGUCAGCCAGUGGUUGAAAAAUCCCAACCUGAAUUUGCCCCUUGGAAUCCCCCAGAUCUUGCAACUGAGGCCCGUAUCCUUGUUUGGAGGGGAAUUGGCUAUUCUGUUGCUGCAUGGCAGCCAUGUUUUCUUGUGUUAUCUGGGUUAUGUCUUUAUGUGUUGGAGUCUGAAAUGUCUCAGAGUUAUCAGCGAUUUUCAAGUAUGGCUGGUAAACAAGCAUAUGAAGUACCUCCAACAAAUGUUGGUGGUUCUUCUUCUUGUAUUGCUGUGAGUGUUAGAGGCAUGGACCCUCAGAAGGCUCUGGAAUCUUUUAGCACACUGGUUUUAGAGUUUGGUGAGGAGGAGGUGAAGGCCACGUGGUUGAGAGCACUCGUACAAGCGACAUAUCGAGCUUCUGCUCCUCCUCCAGUUAAUAUACUUGGAGAAUCAAGUACUGCUGCAGCUGACCCUGUUGAGCCUCACGCCUCUAAUUUGAAGGCAGCUGAUCUCGUUAUUAAUGGGGCAUUGGUGGAAACAAAGUUAUCGAUAUAUGGAAAGGCUGGAGAUGAGGUUCAUGAGAAUUAUGAGGAAAAACUGAUUCUCGAAGUUCUUGCUGGUGGAGGAAAGGUACACAUUGUUUGCUCUGAAGGUGAUCUGGCAGUCAAGAUGAAACUGCACUCAUUGAAAAUUAAGGAUGAGCUUCAAGGUUCUCUAUCUUCAGAACCGCAGUAUUUAGCUUACUCUGUGUUGAAGAAUGACCAUUUGUUUGCUUCCCCUAGUAUUAUUGACCCUCAUGGGAAGGAGGUGUCCUUGGUACAUUCGGAGGAGGAUGACAUUUAUAAGGAUGCUUUACCAGAUUUCAUGUGUUUGACUGAUCCAGUCAUUUAUUCACAAAACAUUGAUCCUAGCACAAGGGUAGGUGAUAUUGAUGAAUGUGCUGGACUCAAUUUUUCUGAAACCUUAAUUCAUGAGAACGAUCUUGGAAGAGGAAGAAGCAAUCAUGGUGACAUAUUUUAUGAGGCGCAGGGUAGUGAUAACUCGGAUUUUGUAUCUGUUACAUUCUUCACGAGGAAUCCUGGUUCGCCGGAUUAUGAUGGUAUAGAUACCCAGAUGAGUGUUCGCAUGUCCAAAUUGGAAUUCUUUUGCAACAGAUCAACUCUUGUUGCUUUAAUUGGUUUUGGCUUUGAUCUGAGCUCUGCAAAUAGUGCGGUAAGUGGUGCAAACAUGAAAAGAACUUCAGAAAAUGAAUCUGUGGUGAGCAAAGACAAGACAGAAGAUGGGCGUUCUUUUGUUAGAGGGUUGCUGGGAUAUGGAAAAGGUCGUGUGGUAUUUUAUUUAAAUAUGGACGUCGACAGCGUCUCUGUGUUUCUUAAUAAGGAGGAUGGUUCUCAGCUUGCGAUGUUUGUGCAAGAAAGUUUCUUGUUGGAUCUUAAGGUUCAUCCAAGUUCUAUUUUCAUUGAAGGCACAUUAGGGAAUUUCAGGCUGUGUGAUAUGUCACUUGGAACCGAUCACUGCUGGGGUUGGCUUUGUAAUCCACGCAAUCAAGAGGCUGAAUCCCUCAUCAAGUUUACAUUCAAGUCUUUUAGUGCUGAAGAUGAUGACUACGAAGGAUAUGAUUAUAGCUUGUGUGGCCAACUUUCUGCUGUUCGCAUUGUUUUUCUCUAUAGGUUUGUUCAAGAGGUUACUGCAUACUUUAUGGAACUUGCCACCCCACAUACAGAAGAAGCGAUUAGACUUGUUGAUAAAGUUGGGGGCUUAGAGUGGUUGAUAAACAAAUACGAAAUAGAUGGAGCCUCUGCCUUAAAGCUGGACCUUUCACUGGAAACACCUAUAAUAAUUGUGCCAAGGAAUUCAAUGAGCAAAGAUUUCAUGCAACUUGAUUUGGGCAAGCUACAAGUGAAAAAUGAAUUUAGCUGGCACGGAUGCCCUGAGAAAGAUCCUUCAGCUGUGCAUCUUGACGUUCUUGAUGCAGAGAUUUUGGGGAUCAACAUGGCUGUAGGAAUCAAUGGUUGUAUUGGUAAACCACUGAUUCGGGAAGGGCGAGAAAUUCAUGUUUAUGUGAGGCGUAGUUUAAGGGAUGUGUUCCGUAAAGUUCCAACUUUUUCUUUAGAAGUUAAGGUGGGAUUAUUGCAUGCGGUAAUGUGUGAUAAAGAAUAUAAUGUUAUUGUGGAUUGUUUCUACAUGAAUUUAUCUGAGCAACCAACAAUUCCCCCAAGUUUCCGUGGCAGCAAGUCUGGUUCAAAGGAGACGAUGCGGUUGCUGGCUGAUAAAGUCAACAUGAAUAGUCAAAUAUUUUUGUCGCGUACUGUUACUAUAAUGGCCGUGGAAGUCAACCAAGCUUUGGUAGAGUUGUGCCAUGGCAUUCAUGAGGAGUCACCUUUGGCUCAUAUUGCUCUAGAAGGUCUUUGGGUUUCAUAUAGGUUGACUUCAUUAUCUGAAGCAGACCUUUAUGUAACCAUUCCCAGAUUUUCUAUUUUGGAUAUUCGCUCUAAUACAAAGCCUGAAAUGCACCUCAUGCUUGGAUCAUGCGCUGAUGUUCCUAAACAAGCUUCGACUGGAAUUUUUCCUUUUUUCUUAAAUAAAGGUGGCUUUAUGCGAAUAGAUUCUCAGUUUGCACCCAGCAUGGAUAUACCAAAUUCUACUAUGUUUGUGAUGGACUAUAGACGUCGUUUAUCAUCCCAAUCAUUUGUGCUGCGGGUACAGCAGCCUCGGGUUCUUGUUGUACCUGAUUUCCUUCUUGCUGUUUGUGAGUUUUUUGUGCCAGCUUUGGGAGCGAUAACUGGUAGGGAGGAAUUGAUGGAUCCCAGAAAUGAUCCCAUAACUAGAAACAACAGCAUAAUACUAUCAGCUCCCGUUUACAAGCAGGCAGAAGAUAUAGUACACCUGUCUCCCAGUAGACAGCUAGUAGUGGAUGCUAUAGGGGUUGAUCAGUAUACAUAUGAUGGUUGUGGAAAGACAAUCUUUUUAAGUUUAGAAGCAGAUCUGAAGGAAGUCCCUUCAUCUGGAUUUCGACCUAUCAUUAUCAUUGGACGUGGUAAGAGGUUGCGCUUCAUAAAUGUGAAAAUUGAGAACGGUUCACAUUUGAGGAAGUAUACAUACUUGAGUAAUGAUAGCAGUUACUCAGUCUCCUUAGAAGACAAUGUUGAGGUUUUGUUGCUGGAAAAUUCUUCUUCAGAUAGUGACAAGAAGAGUCCUGACCACAUGGAAGAAUUGUCAUGUAGAUCAAAUACUUCAGCCUAUCCUAAUGAUUCAACUGAGAUACAGAGUUUCACAAUUGAAGCCCAGGUUGUUUCUCCCGAGUUCACCUUCUAUGACAGCACCAAGUCAUCCCUGGAUGAUUCCUCACAUGGUGAAAAGCUUCUCCGUGCAAAAAUGGAUCUUAGCUUCAUGUUUGCGUCAAAAGAAAAUGAUACUUGGAUUCGAGCCCUUGUUAAGGAUCUAACUGUUGAGGCUGGUUCUGGUCUUAUGAUUCUUGAUCCAGUGGAUAUUUCAGGGGGAUAUACUUCUGUUAAGGAUAAAACAAAUAUAUCUCUGAUAUCUACUGAUGUACACAUCCAUCUUUCUCUGAGUGUCAUUUCUCUUUUACUUAAUCUGCAAACUCAGGCAGCUGCAGCAUUGCAAUUUGGAAUUGCCGAUCCUCUUGCUCCUUGUACCAACUUCGAUAGACUUUGGGUUUCCCCAAAAGAAUGUGGGCACCGUAACAACCUUACCUUUUGGAGGCCUCGAGCUCCUUCAAAUUAUGUAAUUCUGGGAGAUUGUGUUACAUCGAGGCCAAAUCCUCCUUCACAGGCAGUAAUGGCAGUGAGUAGUACAUAUGGGCGUGUAAGGAAGCCUCUGGGUUUCAUGCUGUUGGGAUUAUUUUCUGGUAUUCAAGGAUUGGGAAGAGGUGAAAGCAAUUCUGAUAUAGAUGGUGAUUGUUCUCUUUGGAUGCCAGUUGCACCACCAGGAUACUCAGCACUAGGGUGUGUGGCUCACAUAGGAAGCCAACCACCACCAAAUCACAUUGUUUAUUGCAUACGUUCUGAUCUUGUAACGUCUGCAACAUAUUCUGAAUGCAUAUUCAGUAGCUCCUCAAAUCCUCACUUUACUUCUGGAUUUAGUAUCUGGCGUUUAGACAACACCCUUGGGUCAUUUCAUGCUCAUUCUUCAGCCGAAUGUCCUCCCAAAGACAUUUGUUAUGAUCUGAAUCAUCUUUUAUUGUGGAAUUCAAGUUGGCACCAUUCUUCCUCAAAAGAAUCAACUUUAGCUUUGACUGCUGAGCAUGAAUUUGUAAAUCAACAAGCAAGUAACCAGAACUCAAACUCUUCUAGAUGGGACGUUCUCAGAUCAAUUUCAAAAGCAACUAAUUGUUACACGUCAACACCAAAUUUUGAGAGGAUCUGGUGGGACAAGGGUAGUGAACUCCGCCGACCAGUUUCCAUAUGGAGACCUAUACCACGUCCUGGUUAUGCUAUAUUGGGUGACUGCAUAACUGAAGGCUUAGAGCCACCUGCUCUGGGGAUAAUUUUUAAGGCUGAUAGUCCUGAAAUCUCUGCGAAUCCUGUGCAAUUUACUAAAGUUGCUCAUAUCAUAAGCAAAGGUCUCGAUGACGCCUUCUUCUGGUACCCAAUUGCUCCCCCUGGUUAUGCUUCUCUAGGAUGCGUAGUCUCUAGAAGAGAUGAAGUGCCACACCUGUAUUCAUUUUGCUGCCCGAGGAUGGAUCUUGUUAACCAGGCCAGUAUUCUUGAGAUGCCCAUUUCAAGAUCUUCAAGCUCAAAAGCAUCUCAGUGCUGGAGCAUAUGGAAAGUUGAAAAUCAGGCUGGCACUUUCCUUGCACGCUCUGAUCUGAAAAAGCCUUCCAGCCGUUUGGCAUUUACUAUUGGUGAUUCUCUGAAGCCAAAGACACAGGAAAACAUUACUGCUGAAAUGAAAUUAAGAUGCUUCUCUGUGACUGUUCUGGACAGCUUAUGCGGGAUGAUGACACCACUUUUGGACACUACAAUCACUAAUAUCAAGCUUGCAACUCAUGGCCGGCUGGAGGCAAUGAAUGCUGUACUGAUUUCUUCUAUAGCUGCAUCAACAUUCAACAAACAAUUAGAAGCAUGGGAGCCACUUGUGGAGUCCUUUGAUGGAAUAUUUAAGUUUGAAAUUUAUGAUUCCAAUCUACAUCCACCAUCAAGACUUGGAAGAAGAGCACGUGUUGCUGCUACCACUGUCCUAAAUAUUAAUCUCAGCGCGGCAAAUCUUGAUAUAUUGACGGAAACUAUGGUUUCAUGGAGAAGGCAGAGAGAACUUGAACAGAAAGCAAUGAAACUAAAUGAGGAAGCUGGUAGUUGUCAUGGGCAUGGAGAGGAUUCAGCUUUUUCUGCAUUGGAUGAAGAUGAGUUUCAAACAAUGAUAAUAGAAAAUAAACUAGGGUGUGAUAUUUAUCUGAAGAAAGUUGAGCAAAAUUCAGAUACAGUUGAAUUGCUACGCAAGGAUGAUUGUGCUUCUGUAUGGAUUCCACCUUUGAGGUAUUCCGAGAGGUUAAAUGUUGCAGAUGAAUGCAGGGAAGCACGACGUUAUGUUGCUGUACAGAUAUUUGAAGCCAAGGGUUUACCUAUUAUUGAUGAUGGAAAUAGUCAUAAUUUCUUCUGUGCUUUGCGCCUCGUUGUUGAUAGUCAGGAGAUAAAUCAGCAAAAACUUUUCCCUCAGAGUGCUAGGACCAAAUGUGUUAAGCCAUUAAUUUCCAAGAGGAAUGAGCUAGAUGAAGGCAUUGCCAAAUGGAAUGAACUAUUCAUAUUUGAAAUUCCUCAUAAGGGGCACGCUAAGUUGGAAGUGGAAGUAACAAACCUUGCAGCAAAAGCUGGAAAAGGUGAAGUUGUGGGUGCGUCUUCAUUUUCUGUUGGACAAGGUUCAAAUACGUUGAAGAAGGUGGCUUCAGCCAGAAUACUGCAUCAACCAUCUGAUGUUCAAAAUAUUUUAUCAUAUCCACUAAGGAAAAGGGGUCAACUUAACAAUGAUGAAAUGUAUUCCAGCGGAUGCCUUCUAGUUUCCACUUCUUAUUUUGAAAGGAAAACAAUUGCAAACUUUAAAAGUGAUGCAGAAAAUAGAGCUGAUGUUGGUAGAGAUGUAGGAUUCUGGAUGGGUCUUAGCUCAGAGGGCCCGUGGGAGAAUUUUCGUUCAUUUCUUCCUCUUUCAGUGCUUACCAUAGCAGUUAAAGAUGAUUUUAUUGCAAUGGAAGUGGUGACAAAAAAUGGAAAAAAGCAUGCAAUUUUCAGGGGUCUGGCUACAGUUGCAAAUGAUUCAGAUGUCAAAUUGGAUAUUUCCCUCUGCCAUGCUACAGAUGCAAGCAGUCAUAACAUUAUGGUAGAAGAGAUCUUCGAAAAUCAACGUUAUCAUCCCAUAUCUGGUUGGGUAAACAAGUGGCCUGGCUCUAGUGGUAAUAAUUUUGGGCCAUGGAGCACUAGGGACUUCUCAUAUUCAUCUAAUGAUUUUUUUGAACCUUCCCUCCCCCUUGGAUGGACAUGGAUAUCGAAGUGGACCAUAGAUAAACCUCAGUUUGGUGACAAUGAUGGAUGGGCAUAUGGACCUGACUAUCCUAGUUUGAAAUGGCCUCCAACUUCUUCGAAGUCAUCCGCAAAAUCAGCUCUUGAUUCUGUCCGUCGAAGGUGUUGGAUUCGUACUAGGCAAACUGUUAUUAAGCAAGGCAUAAACAACUCGAACAAUGUUGUUGGUACCAUAAUUCCUGGUUCUUCCACUGUUUUACCCUGGAGGAGUAUUGCCAAGGAUUCUGAUUGCUGUUUACAAGUCCGUCCUUUUGUUGAUCAUGCUGAGCCCUCGUAUUCAUGGGGAUGUGCAGUUGCUGUAGGUUCUGUAUACACCUGCGGAAAGGACCAGUCCUCCAUGGAUCAAAAUUUUUUCUCUAGACAAAAUACCUUGAAGCAGGGACAUGAAAUUCCAGUUUCUUUAUUCAAGUUAAAUCAGCUUGAAAAGAAGGAUGUACUUUUUUGUUGUUGUCCUGCUACUGGCACUAAACAAUUUUGGCUUAGCAUCGGUGCAGAUGCCUCAGCUCUUCACACCGAGCUGAAUGCUCCUGUUUAUGAUUGGAAAAUAUCCAUUAACUCUUCUUUGAAGUUGGAGAAUCGACUUCCUUACCCAGCAGAAUUCACUAUAUGGGAAAAGUCAAAAGAAGGAGAUAGUGUUGAGCGGCAGUGUGGUAUUAUCUCAUCACAGGGCAGUGUACAUAUAUAUUCUGCUGAUAUCCGGAAACCUAUAUAUCUUAGUCUCGUUGUUCAGGGUGAUUGGCUUUUGGAAAAGGACCCUGUUCUGAUUUUGGAUUCAUCAUCUAAUGACCAUGUUUCAUCAUUUUGGUUGGUUCACCAGCGGACUAAAAGGAGAUUGCGGGUAAGCAUUGAACGUGACAUGGGGGGAACCACAGCUGCCCCAAAAAACAUUAGGUUUUUUGUUCCGUAUUGGAUUAAUAAUGACUCCUCCCUGUCUUUGGCAUAUCAAGUUGUGGAAAUUGAACCUCUCGAGAAUGCAGAUGUAGCAAUUAAAUCUGCAAAAACUGCCUUGAAAAAUCCUACAAACUCGAUGGACAGGAGAAAUAUUGGCCCAAAUAGAAACAUUCAGAUAUUGGAAGCAAUUGAAGACACAAGUCCAACACCUAGCAUGCUUUCUCCACAAAACUAUGUUGGCCGUGGUGGGGUUAUGCUAUUCUCAUCACGAAAUGAUGCAUAUCUGUCCCCGCGAGUGGGCAUUUCUGUUGCCAUUCGAAAUUCCAGGAAUUAUAGUCCUGGGAUUUCUCUUCUUGAACUGGAAAAAAAGCAACGAGUUGACGUAAAUGCUUUUAGUUCUGAUGGAUCUUAUUAUAAGCUCUCUACUUUAGUGCACAUGACAUCAGACAGAACAAAGGUUGUUCAUUUUCAACCACACACCUUGUUUGUUAAUAGGGUUGGCUGCAGUCUUUGUCUGCAGCAGUGUAAUAGUCGGUCACUGGAAUGGAUUCAUCCCACUGAUCCUCCGAAACAUUUUGGAUGGCAAUCUUCUGCAACAUCUGAAUUGUUGAAGUUGCGGAUGGAUGGAUACAAAUGGAGCACACCAUUUAGUGUUGAGACGGAAGGUGUUAUGUGUAUUUCCUUGAGGAAUGAGAGUGGGAACAAUCAAAUGCAUUUGAAAGUAGCAGUAAGAAAUGGAAGAAAGAGUUCACGCUAUGAAGUUAUUUUUCGUCCCAGUUCAUUUUCAAGUCCUUACAGGAUUGAAAACCGUUCUAUGUUUUUGCCCAUACGUUUUCGGCAAGUGGAUGGUGCCAGUGAUUCAUGGCGGUCUCUUCUUCCUAAUGCAGCUGCUUCGUUCCAAUGGGAAAAUCUUGGUAGACCACGGUUGCUUGAACUCUUGGUGGAUGGCGCUGACCCAUUGAAAUCGGAGAAGUACAAUAUUGAUGAGAUUUCCGAUCAUCAGCCCAUCUUUGUGUCAGGAGGACCUGCUAGGGCCCUACGUGUUACUAUUCUGAAAGAAGAAAAAACUAAUGUUGUUAAAAUCAGUGACUGGAUGCCAGAGAAUGAACCCCUGGAAAUUAUGAAUCAAAGGAUUCGGUCAUCUGUGUCACAAAUCUCAGAAAAUGAUUUUCAAAAUCAACCGUCAAUAUCAAGCUCGAACUCUGAGUUUCAUGUUAUUAUUGAGCUUGCUGAGCUUGGAAUAUCCAUUAUUGAUCAUACACCUGAAGAGAUUUUAUAUUUGUCAGUGCCGAAUCUUCUGUUAUCAUAUUCAACUGGCUUGGACUCUGGUAUCAGUAGGUUUAAAUUAAGAAUGCGUGGGAUUCAAGUGGACAAUCAGUUACCUUUAACUCCAAUGCCGGUUCUCUUCAGGCCACAAAGAAUUGGAGAGGAUACUGAUUACAUCUUAAAAUUUUCCAUGACACAGCAAUCAAAUGGAUCAUUUGAUUUAUGUGUCUAUCCAUAUAUUGGUUUCCAAGGUCCCGAAAAUUCUGCUUUUCUGAUUAACAUUCAUGAACCUAUAAUUUGGCGCCUUCAUGGGAUGAUUCAGCAGGUCAACAUUUAUAGGUCGUGUGAUACUCAAACUACUGCUGUUUCAGUUGAUCCAAUCAUUCAAAUUAGUGUUCUUAACAUCUCGGAAAUUCGAUUCAAGGUCUCAAUGGCUAUGUCACCAACCCAACGACCAGUCGGUGUACUUGGGUUUUGGUCAUCCUUGAUGACUGCACUGGGUAACACUGAAAACAUGCCAGUCCGAGUAAAUCAAAGAUUUCAGGAAAAUGUGUGCAUGAGGCAAAGUGUGCUCAUAAGCAAUGCUAUCACAAAUAUCAAGAAGGAUCUUCUCAGCCAGCCUCUUCAACUUCUCUCAGGUGUUGACAUAUUGGGCAACGCUAGCAGUGCACUAGGACAUAUGAGUAAGGGGGUCGCAGCCUUAUCAAUGGAUAAGAAAUUCAUCCAAAGCCGGCAGAGACAGGAAAGCAAAAGUGUAGAAGAUUUUGGUGAUGUUAUCAGAGAGGGAGGUGGAGCACUAGCAAAAGGCCUAUUCAGAGGUGUCACUGGCAUUUUAACGAAGCCUCUGGAAGGUGCAAAAUCAUCUGGUGUCGAGGGUUUUGUUCAGGGUGUUGGAAAAGGAAUUAUUGGUGCUGCUGCGCAACCUGUGAGUGGGGUUCUGGAUCUUUUGUCAAAAACUACAGAAGGUGCCAAUGCUGUGAGAAUGAAGAUAACUUCUGCUAUCACUUCAGAAGAUCAACUCCUCCGCAGGAGGCUGCCCCGAGUAAUUGGUGGUGACAAUUUACUUAGACCAUAUGAUGAGAACAAAGCACAGGGCCAGGCAAUAUUGCACCUGGCACAGUCUGGAUCAUUUUUUGGCCAGGUUGAUCUAUUUAAAGUACGUGGGAAGUUCGCCUUAUCAGAUGCUUAUGAAGAUCAUUUUUUUCUCCCUAAAGGAAAAAUCCUUGUGGUCACUCACCGAAGAGUUAUACUGUUGCAACAAACCUCCAACAUAUCUCAGAAAAAGUUCAACCAUGCAAGAGAUCCCUGUUCGAUAUCGUGGGAUGUGCUGUGGGAUGACUUAGUAACCAUGGAAUUGACACAUGGAGAGAGAGACAACUCAAAUGCACCACCUUCGCGGCUUAUUCUUUAUUUACACACUAGAUCAACAGAGCCAAAGGAUCAAUUUCGUAUUAUAAAAUGCUGCAGUGAAUCCAAUCAGGCUCUUGAGGUCUAUUCUUCAAUUGAGCAAACUAUGAAUACUUAUGGGCCUAACAAAUCAAAGGCAAUGCUGAAAAGGAAAGUGACAAAGCCAUAUUCACCAAUUGCUGAUGUUGCUAGUGCUGAAGUAAUUCCAAAAGAAGGGGUCUGCGUCUGGUCUCCCCAACAGCUGCCUGCAUCAGUUACUCUAAAUUCUACUUUUGGUAGCAGUGGAAAUUGAAAAUGAAAUUUUGGUCUUCGCUGAAGAUGUGGUCAGUAAUUUAUGCUUGCACGGAAUUGUUUCAUGUAAAAAGCUUGUUCAGAUUCAAAAAGGUGUUUGAGACUAUUACUGCGAGCGAGCUGUCCUCUAAAGGAGGUUUCUUUCCAUUCGAUGGACUUUUGGCAUAUUGCCCUGCAAAGAUCAUAAUCGUUUCCAUCAUACUUCUCAAGAAAAGGAUUUGCAUCAUCGUAAAUAUUCAUACAUAUAUGUGUGUACAUCUGUUUGUAGAUCUGGAGGUCUUACAAAAAAAUUACCUUCUCCUGCUAAUAGUUUCAGGAAUCUGUACAGCUUUUGCCACCCCUUGUAUACGUCUGCUGUAUACUUUAUAUAUGUAUAUGAUUUACAGACGGCAGCAGUUUGAUUAUGUAUCAGUUGGUUUGCUCCUCCAUGAAGAUUUCAAGGAAUUGAUUGAGUAUACAAAUGGGUUUCUCAUCAGUUGAUCUUCAUGUAUGCCUCAUUUAUAAGGAAACAAAUUUCUUUUGUAAAACUCUUGUGCCUUAAAGGUGGAGAAAAGAAACAUGAUGUUGGUUUUGAUCAGCGUGUUGAAUGCAAAAGGCCUAUAUUUUUCAGUAA